CUUAACAGCAAACUGUAACAGCAAUCUUACACAGACCUCUCCGUGUAGUAAGUCACUUUUAUUUUUGUAUUUAUGAAAGACUUGAUUAACGGACGUUAGUAUUACACAAAUCAUCAAGUUAAAUAUAGAAUUAUUAUUCGAUGAACCACCUUUUACUCGUUUACCGUUGAACCUUUAAAAGAGCGGGAACUCCCAUCACUGCUUUAAACCCGGGGCAUAUCCCACAAUCCCCCACGGAAAACGCGGAAGCGACAGCUAGCAAGGCUAAAUUUGUUAUUUUUCUAAACUAAUAGACUUGAUAACAAUUUAUAUGUAACACGUGGUUAAGCUGUGUCGUGACUGAAUGAAGCCACGUCUGUUUUAAAAUAAUAUUAUCUUUAUUGUGUCCUCGUUUUAAACCAAGGAAAGGCGGAAACAACCGAUGUCGCACUUUCGGAUAAAGGCAUAAGGCGGGCAGCAGUGUAGAGGAUGAAUGUAGGCCUCAGGUGACGGCUCCAUUCAUUGUCAGAGUUUUGACUCAUAAGCAGAGGAAUAUGGGUGUUCCCCUUCCCAGAGGUUUAAGAUGUCAGGGCAGAGCUCUGUACGGUAAUCUGGGCCAUUGUCCCAGAUCUCAGGGGUGGAGGAGCCAAGACACAGGUGGAGUGAGGAAAGGAAAUGGAGAGGCUGCUAAGCGACAGAGGUUUAACAGCGAAGAGAAGGUGAAUUAUCGGAGGAAGGGGAGACUGAACUUUCUCCCCACCUGAAGACUGACGGAGAAAUAUGCAGUUUCAAAUCCUGUGGCUGAUCAGUUUGACUGUGUUGUUAAAAUACUGCAGUGCAGUUGCCACGCCCAGUGACUGUGAGAGGGCAGGGAUGAAGUGUCACCUACAGGCCAACUGUCUGAACUUCAGAGACAACUUCACCUGUGAGUGUCGCAUGGGUUACCAGGGCGACGGCCAGCUGUGCAGUGAAAUUGAUGAGUGUGGGAGUGGAGUCCACAGGUGUCACCAAAGAGCCACCUGCAACAACACUCUGGGCAGCUACAGCUGCUUCUGUAACAGUGGAUACGUUGGAGAUGGGAUCAACUGCCAGGACAUUAAUGAGUGUCUGGUGGAGAACGGCGGCUGCCACGCCAACGCCGUGUGCAUCAACACUGAGGGCGGGAGACAGUGCGAGUGUAAGAACGGUUUCAGUGGCAAUGGAUUUCAGUGCACUGAUAUUAAUGAGUGUGACAGAAAAGGGACCUGCCACUGGAAUGCCACCUGCACCAACAACCCUGGGUCCUAUGUCUGUACCUGUAAUAAAGGCUACAAAGGAAACGGGAACUACCUGUGUCUGGACAUCGACGAGUGUUCAGAAAUCUCUCACGUUUGCUCCUCCUCUUUAGGCUACAAAGGCUGUAUAAACAAACCCGGCAGCUACGCCUGUACGUGCAACACUGGUUACGAAAGCCAGGGGCAGCGGUGUCAGGACAUAGAUGAGUGUGCCAGCAACACCUGCAGUCUGUACUCUGUGUGUGAAAACACCAUCGGGUCUUUCAAGUGUUCCUGCAAGAGUGGGUUCAUAGGGAACGGUCUGACCUGUGCUGACAUUAAUGAGUGUGAUGAAGGAAACAAGUGUGACCCAGUGGCUACCUGCAUCAACAGGAUGGGCACGUACGAGUGCUCCUGUCCAGGAGGGUUCACUGGAGAUGGACGACAGUGUGAGGACAUCGAUGAGUGUAAAGACUCCAAAAUCUGCCCUCCCAUCACCACGUGUGUCAACACGGAUGGGUUGUAUUUCUGUGAUUGUGGUCUGGGCUACAUCUUCAAUCAGUCCAAGUGUGACGAUGAGGACGAGUGUGCAGAGGGCAGGUGCAGCGUCCACUCCAGCUGUGAGAACUUCCCUGGGUCCUUCAUGUGUGAGUGUAAGGACGGGUUCAGGGGAGAUGGUCUGACCUGUGAGGAUGUGGACGAGUGCUUACAGAUGUCACAGUGCCAUGAGAACGCCCUCUGCAUUAACAUUCCUGGUUCCUACAACUGCAGCUGUAAGGUGGGCUUCUCUGGAGACGGUCUGGUCCGGUGCACUGAUGUGAACGAGUGCCUGUUGGAGAACGGAGGCUGCAGUGACAACGCUCAGUGUGUCAACAGCCGGGGCUCCUUCUCCUGCCUGUGUCCAGGAGGUUUCAACCUGGUGAACCGGACUCUAUGUCGGGACAUCAACGAGUGUGAGGAGCAGAGUGAGCCGUGUGGACUGAAUGAAGAGUGUAAGAACAUUGAUGGAUCAUACGAGUGUCCCUGUCAACGAGGUUACUACCGCCCUGCCGCUAACAUGGACUGUGUUGAUGUCAACGAGUGUGACAACGACCCGUGUCACGUCAACGCCACCUGCCUCAAUACAGUGGGCUCCCACACCUGCACCUGCUUCCAAGGAUUCAAAGGAAACGGCAGCCGGUGUGAGGAUGUAGACGAGUGUUCUGAGGCCGACCCGUGUCACUCACGUGCACUGUGUACCAACUUGAUAGGAGACUUCCUGUGCACCUGUGAGCAGGGCUUUAAUGGAGAUGGUUUCCUGUGUGUGGAUGUGGAUGAAUGUGCUCUGUCUGGUACCAUCUGCCCAUCCUUCUCCACAUGUGUCAACUCUCCUGGUACACAUGUCUGCUCCUGUCUGAACAGAACCCUGGCCCUCAAUGACAGCUGCGUGUCUCCCAGUCCACUGUGUGACCCGGCCUGCCAUGCACGUGGUCUGUGUCACCCUUCACCUGCUGGGCACCAGUGUGUGUGUGACCUGGGUUUCCAGGGUGACGGAGUGUUCUGUUCUGACGUGGACGAGUGUCAGGAGGAGAACGUUUGUCCUGAGGAUGAAACGGAGUGUGUCAAUACUCCAGGAUCGUUCUCGUGUGUGUGUAGAAAUGGCUACACACUUGAAGGAACAACGAAAUGUGUUGGUGAGUACAUGUCCAUGUCUGUCCAUGUCCAGAGAAGGUUGGUUCAGGGACACAGCUGUAUGGAUCGGUUCCAUUUUCCACGAGUUUUGGAGCAGAAAUUAAAUAAAGUACAAGUCUAGGUCUUAGGCAGUUACCUGGGAAAGUUACCUUGGUCACGAUUUCUAAUUAAAUCAAUUUUUAGCUUUUUAAAAUACAUUCCUUUUAACGUCUGAAGCAGACACAGUGACACUAGACCUGGGAUGAUAACGGUACUGAGAUCGAUGACCAGAGGGAACCCUCUAAUGCUAAUUCUUACACUCUCUGCUCUUUUUUUUCCUCUUUGUUUGCAGAUGUGAACGAGUGUGAGAGCGGCCUGAAGGAGUGCAGUGAGUUUGCCCAGUGUGUCAACACCGUAGGCAGCCAUUCCUGAUUCUGUCUCAGUGGCUACGAAGGUGACGGGAAAAACUGCUCAGG